AUGCGCUCAUCGAUAUUCUAUUUAAUAGCUCUUUCAAUUUUCGCAAAAUUUACAAUUGCCUAUUUUUGGAGGGACGAAAUCGAAGUUACACCAAAACCCAACGGAAACACGCCGUCGAAUCUCGGAUGUUUUCUAUGCACCCAAUUGUUAUCGGUGACUAAGCAUCGUGUCGGGCUCAGUGAAAAUCAGCUGAGAAAUCAGUUAUAUGAAAAAUGUCGCGUUUUACCGUCAGUUUUCAAGGAACAAUGUUUCGCCUUCGUCGAGACGUCGCUUCCAGAAAUUUACUAUUCAAUCAAUUACGAUUUGUCUUCGAAAGAUGUGUGUGUACGGAUGAAUCUUUGUGAUGAGACCAAUCCAUUUGCGAUUGGCGGUCCUCUACCACCGAUUGAGGAAACAACGAAGAUAAAUCCAAGGCCUCGGCCAGAGGAGAGCAGUUUUGAAAUUGAGGAGCCUAUAACUACAACUCGACGAAGAACAACUAUUAGGACUACAACGACUACAACUACGAUGCGACCGACUACAACAACAACUCCGUAUCGCGAAGUUAUCGAGGAUUUGGAACCUGAUAGAAUUGGACACAAGAAUGUUUUAGAGUUGAUUCUGCCUCCUCCCGGUGGUCAUCCAAAGCAUAUUUCUCGAAAUUCAAUCGACACCAAUAUUUCUCGAGAAAAGUCUUCUAUGGAGAAAGAGGAAACGGACGAAAAGCGGCUAACCUGCUCAUUCUGUGAGCGAAUGCUUGAGAAUGCCAAAAAUUAUGCGGUAACGUCAAAGAGUGAUAUUACAAACUUCGCCAAUAAUGCUUGCUCAACACUACCAAAGGGAAGAAAUGCCGAUCAGUGCUAUCACAUGGCGGAUAAGAAAAUCGCAGAACUCGCCAAAUUUGUUGACCAACAAGUUGUAGACGCCUUAUGGUGCGCUGAAUUAAAUCGCUGCUAA